AUGGAGGUGGAAGAAGAUGGCAGUCUAUUCUCUGAGCCUGAGGAGCUGGAAAAAGAUGAGGAGAAGGAGCUGGAAAACGACGAUCAUGAGGAGAAUGAGAGAGAGAUGGAGGUGGAAGGAGAUUGCAGUCAAUGGCAUCACUUGAUCUUCUGUGAGGAGCUGCAAAACAACGACGACCAGAAGAAGAAUCAUGUUCCUGUUUGCUUGGUGUGCUACGAAGCACUGGUAUUGGGAGGUCCCGCCUACAAAUGCUUGGAAUGCAACUUUCUCCGGCAUAAAUCAUGCCCCGAAUCACCACACAUAGCAAAGGUGGAGUUAUACCAUAAAUAUUGGUCGGGAAGACAUCACUUGAUCGCCAUAGAAGAAGAGGUACUGGACAAUACUGGCAACGAGGAAGUUGUUUGCACGGGAUGCCAGGAACCAGCAUUUGGUCCCGCUUACAAAUGCUCCAUCCCCAACUGCACCUUCUGCCUUCACAAAUCGUGCUCAGAACAACUCUACCACGUGAUACAACACCCCUUCCACCCGGAGCACGCCCUUAUUCUCCAGAACCCAUCAAAUUAUAACAAUUGUGUUGCUUGCGGCAAAACUUGCGACAGAUCCUUCUUUUACCGUUGUUUCCUCUGUGAUUUUGACUUUGACGUCAUAUGUGCUUCCCGCUGGAGAACUGAUGCCGACGAUUGCCACCAACACUCAUUUGUUCCCAUCUCGACGCAGAUCCAGUUCGCUUGUCAAGCCUGUGGUGAGGAUGAGAAGGAACCCAAGCAAUUUGCAUCUCUCUGUACCAUCUGCCGACUCUUGAUUCAUGCUAAGUGUGCCCGAUAUCCGCGCACCAUCAGAACUUACACACAUGAUCAUUCACUCACUCUCACCCAUUCUCUGAAUCAACAAGUCAAGAAUCAGGAGAACAUAUGGUGUAGACUGUGCAGUAAAAAGGUGAAAACAGAGUAUUCGGCUUACUAUUGUCAGAAAUGUGGUUACAUUGCCCACUUGAAUUGUGCAUAUACAGUCCGACACUCCGGUGCGACCACCGAGUCGGUGGUCAGCAACUCGGUUGGCUAUGAAUCUCAUUUGGUUCAUUUGGUAGAAGGGAUUGAUCUAGCAGAGGAGGAAACAGCUGACCCCCGGGAGAUCAAUCAUUUUAGUCAUCCACAACAUAACUUAAUCCUCAGCAACGAAAAGCUCGUGGAUGUCAAGCGUUGUGAGGCAUGUAUACAACAUAUAAUUUCUACCCCAUUUUACGGAUGUGCACAAUGCAAUUUCUUUCUCCAUUACAGAUGUACUAAACUACCUGCAACCAUUAAGCGAGGGCAAUUUCAUGAACAUCUCCUUACCCUCCUCUCACAUGAUGUGAAUGCAAGUGGAUUGUUCUGGUGCAAUGCUUGUGGACGUGAUCACGAUGGCUUCGUAUAUAGAUGUGACAAAUGUAAAUGGUACAAGUUAGACGUUAAAUGUUGUUUAAUUCCGGAAAUCAUUGAACACGAAGGUCAUCAGCACUCCCUCUACUUGCUUGCUAUAGAAUCUUCCGAAACUUGCAAUGGCUGUGGUCAAAAAGGUGUGAACUUCAGGUGCCCUUAUUGCGACGAAUUCACCUUGUGUUUUAGAUGUGCAACACUUCCGUUGGUAGCUAGAUAUGAAUAUGAUACACAUCUACUAAAACUCUCUUAUACACGUGAAAAUGAAUCUGAUGAAGAAUAUUAUUGUCUGAUUUGUGAAGAAGAAAGGGAGCAUCCGGAUCACUGGUUCUAUUCCUGUGUAAAAUGUAAGUUCACUGCUCAUUCCCGAUGCGUUCUUGGAGAGAAUCCAUGUAUUAACUACGGAAGAACUUUCACAGAUAAAGAUCACGAGCAUUCUCUCACUAUUGUUCAAAAGACUAAGCAUUCACUUCCAUGUGAUGCAUGUGGUGGUUCUUUUCAUGAUGUGGCUGUAGAAUGUACUGAAUGUAAAUUUAACAUCCAUGAGUAUUGUGAUAAAAACAAAUUAGAAAAUAGAGAAUGA